GGCGCGUACGAACGCUAGGCGAGAAAAGCAGGAAAAGCCCUUUCACGCCAUUGAAAUACACGGGAGUGGAAGGCGGGGAAAGGACAGUUGUUCUGUGACCCCCACCCCACUCUAGGGACUGUACCACCUACAUAGGGACAGACACAUGCAAGUGCCUGUGGAGUCACGACCAAUAACUUUUUCUCUCUCUGCAGCUGAACUGCGUGCAAGUUUGGCUCGUGGAUACAGGACCACACAAUACGCGCAGCAGGAGCCCGGUGUCAAAGCACAGCCUAAUCUAGAGUUAGCGGGGAAGGGGAGGCUUGAAGGGCAUGAAGACAGAUCAGAAGCGGUGUAGCGCUUGGGUCCAGCGCUGACGUGGCUCCCAGGCCCUGGGGGUGGGGGGACUGAGACCAGCCGCCCCUCUAUGUAAACUCAAGCCUAGUGGAAAACCCGGAUCCGCUCGGAAUCCUGGCGCCCGGCUCCGCCCGGGACUGUGUGAAUGGAUCCCGCCGAGUCCCAGCUGCUCCACUGGCUACGCAGCCCUCCGGGUUUUGUACCGUGGCGGCGCCGAGCGGCUGCCCCAACUUGUAGCGAGCCGAGCCGAGCGGAGCGGGCAGGGCGGCCGGGGCAGGGGGACGGGCUUUGCCGGCGGCGUUCCCUGGUACCCUGGUCUCUGUGACCUUCUCUUUGGGACCUUCCCUCUGACUGGACGUGGUGAGCAGAAGGAUGGAGCAUUGUGGACCCUUGUCAAAGACUGAGCCUGUUCAGGGAAGAGGCCAGUGAGCUGCAAUCUGACCAUCAUAGCUGGACGAUGAAGCUGAAUGAGCGAAGUGUGGCGCACUAUGCCACAUGUGACUCUCCGACAGACCAUGCCGGCUUCCUCCACAAGCGUGUCAAGCAGCACCACCAUCACCACCAUCAUCACCACCACACCACUUCCUACCACCGUCGCUGGUUCAUCCUCAAGGGCAACCUGCUGUUCUAUUUUGAAGAUCGUGAGAGCCGGGACCCUUUGGGGCUUGUUGUGCUGGAGGGCUGCACCGUGGAACUGUGCGAGGCUGCCGAGGAGUUUGCCUUUGCCAUCCGCUUUGAUGACGCUGGUGCCAAGGCCUAUGUGCUGGUGGCUGACUGCCAGGCCACCAUGGAGGGAUGGGUGAAGGCGCUUUCGCGAGCCAGCUUUGACUACAUGCGUUUGGUGGUGAGAGAGCUGGAGAAGCAGCUGGAGGAUGCCCGUAAGAGCUUGGCUGCCUGCCACAAAUCUCCAAGGAAGUCGUCAUCUGGCAGAAAAAGGCAUUUGUCCAAUCCUGCUAUGGCGCUCGUCCAGGAACAGCCUCCCAUCUUGGAGAAUGGUUACUCCACAUGGGGCAGUGGUUACAUCCCUGCAGGGGCCUCCUGCUCUGAUCACGAUGGGGGGUGUUCCAAACCCCCGCCCCUGCCUCCUCGCCGGCGCUUGGCAGCUGGCAGUGGAUGCGGAGCACUCGCCACUGGCCUCUCUUUGACUGGGCAGGAAAGCCCCGUGUCUCCGGAGACAGCCUGUUUCUCCAAGCUACACAACUGGUAUGGUCAGGAGAUUGCGGAGAUAAGGAGGGAGUGGCUGGAGAGCCAGAGGAGUGGGGAACUGUGAAAGGCAAGGCAUGGAAUGACAUCAAGCCCAUUUUGACACUAUCUUUGCUGUGCUUGGUGACCUCUCUCCCAUCCAGGAAAAUAGCCAAAUAAGUGACAAUGUUUUCUCUCCUUCCUUUCUGGAAUCAUUGCAUGCUGGGUAGGUGGGUGAGUGUGGGAUCUAGCAGAGACACAGAUCGUCCCAAGACCUCGUUUUCAUCUCUGGGGCCUCAGACAGAGUAUGUUCCCUUGAGAAAUAUUGCAGCACAGCUUUAAAAUGUCAGGAACUCUAUAUUUUGAAUCUGGGGUGCAGAUUGUAGAGUGGGUGAGGUGGGGUAUAUGUGACCAGACUUGCAUACACAAAAUGGUCAUCGCUCUGCUUCCGUUCAGGUGGCUGUUUUUACUGUCUACCAAUCUGGAGUAGUGGAUGGAGUGGUUUGUUUUACUGUUAAUCCUUCUGUGAGUAAUCAGUUACGAUGUAUUGUCAGCAACUGAAUGUUUGCUUAGGUUAGAGGUAAGGAGCAUCUAUUGCCUGUUAGCUUUUAGAAAUGGCUUCUUAUGUCACCCUCAUAUUCCUUCAAACCCCAGAGUAAUCAGUGGUGAAUUAAGACUAGAUUGAACAGAGGGCUGAACUGGGCCCUUUGCUCUGAAGAGUACCUGAAGGUUUACCUCUCGCACUACUCACUGGCCUGGACUCAAGCAGAUUUGGGGCCCCGUUGUUUUGGCUGGUCCAUGGGUCCCUAGUGGUGCUUUACUCCAGUCUCAGUCUAUCUGAUUUGAAUGGGCUCAGAUUUAUGGACAUAGGACUCCCAGCCUUCAAAACUAGGAUCAAGUUCUUAUACAGUAUAUCCAGUAAUGCAUUAUAGUAUGGGUUGGCUAAAGAGAAGGAACAUAAAAGGCCACCAAAGAAUUCUGGAUCAUAUGGUUGUAUCAAGCAUGAGGGUAGGUGUGACUCAAUAACCAGUAAUUAUUUACACAAGUCUGUGGUACCAAAUACCCCUCCCCCAGGAAAUUCUUGACAGGGGUGAAGGGUGCAGGGAUCUGUGGGUCAAUGCCCAUCUCAUUGCAUAUGAUAGAAUUAGCACAUCUACAAGUGUAUUUUAGGUGCCAUAGUAUUUAUGGAGGAUAACGGGAUGCAGUGAGGGGUAGGGGCCUGGUGAUACUUGGGUGCGCACCACCUGUCACUUUCAUAGGCACAAGAAAAGCCCCAAACCAAACCCUGCUAACCCAUCAGUCAGACUUGCAGAGACCCCACAAACUCAUAUUUUCCCCUCUCUGAAUGUGAGCUUGGAAGCAAAACUCCCAGAGAGGCAGCAAAUUCUAGACUGAACCAAAGGUCAGGAGACCAGAACUCUCAAAUUCUAAUCUCGCUCUAGCACUGAUCUGCUGUGUGGCCUUGGCCAAGUCAAUUAACCUCAGUCUCCCUUUCUGUAAAAUGGAGAUAAUAAUACUUCUCUACCUCCCAAAGGCUUCUGUUGUUAACCUCAGUACAGUGCGUUGUUGUGCAGAGUGUUGUAUAUGGUCACAGUUCUUGGGGUAUGGCUGAGGACACUAAUUGUCCAGAGCCACAUUUUGGCUGGAUCUUUCUGAUGAUAUUGUAGCUGAGACCCUCCUUCCAAAAGUGGGGCCUCAUCACUGGAACACACGCAUACAACGUGGAAGGGGAGGAGAAGAUCAGUGGAGUAGGGACAAACAUAAUCAUGCACUCUGUUGGGAUAGGGCAGAGAGGGAGGGGCAUGAAGAAAGGCAUUUGGGACUAAGAGAGAUUCACCAGCGUGUCACUCCGGUUUUAUGUCACUGCUGAUCUCAGUGGAGUUUCACCAGUUCAGAAGUGAACUAACUCAGUGGUGAAUCAAGUCCAUAGCUUCAAUAAAUGAAAAUGAGUUGAGAGAGAGGCCGCUAGGCCACAAAUUGCUAUUAAAAAGGCAGUUGGGCUUUGGGGGGAAUAAAGAUACAUGGACAAGGAGAGCAAAUAGUCCAGGGACUGUGUAGAAAGCUGGUGGCAAAUAUAAUGCAGAGAUAGUAUUUACAAUUUUCCUACUCUUUCCUUCUAUCCUCUUACUGAGAACUUUGUUUCAGGGCAGAACACGUUGCGCAGACCCCUGCUACCAGCCAAAGGAUUUUUAACAAUAUUUUAAAUUACAUGUACCAUUAAUGAACCAUACUGUGAGAGCAAUGAGUGUCUCUGGCUUGUGGCUACUGUUCCACUUCUUGGCUGAUUGAAGCAUUCAGCCUUGUUCUUCACAAUGUGCAGGAGAAAUUUCCAAAGGCAGAAAGGGAGUCACGCUCCCAACUUCCAAUGCUUCAGGUGCCUAACCACCCUUUGUGCCUUUGAAAAUCCCAAAUGGCGUGACUUUGAACUGUGAACAACAUAAUCUGUCUCUCUGUUAUUCACUGCAGCAUUUCGGUUUCUUUAUAGCAUUCUUUGGCUGAAAUCCCCACCCCUUUCCUUGUAUCAUAUCUACUGCAUUCAUGAGUUAAAGGGGUCACUGCCAACUAGUGCAGACUCCAAUUUCUGUUUUGUCCUGGGGUUUUUUGGUUAAGGUGGGGAUGCAGAAAGUGUUUAUAAAAGUUAAUAUGGAGAGAAAUAUUUUUGAGACUUUUUAAAGUCAAUCAAAAGCAGC